AACUUUGAUCAUGUCGGUGGUUAAACUUUGGAAGGUCAAAUUAUUCACUUCCGGUGUCAGUGGAACACCUUACAAAAAUUUGGGAAUUUGUUUGAAAAAAAAAAUUAUACUGUGGACCAGAUAUGAAUAAUUUCACAUUACUGUAAUUUUGUGACUUCUGGAGAGACUUUAAAUCAAGCAUCCAGGCUACCAUGAUGAGGCUUGGAUCAUGGUCAUAAGAGGCUUGAUGAUGACUGGUACCUGUUUGAACAGUUACCAUGCUGCGUAAUGUGUUUGGCUGCGUUUCAGACAGAAGCACCGAGGCCAUGCGCCAUCAAAAAAUAAAAUUUGGAGCUCCGUUAUCCACUGCCCUCAAGAAUGGGUACCUUCCCAUACCUAUGGUUGAAUUGCUUGUAUAUGUUGCAAGGGAAGGUCUCAACACACGGGACAUAUUCCGGCGUCCUGGAAAUCCCAAUGAUACGCGUCGUGUUGUGAAGAGAUUGUCGGAGGGGAAGCCUGUCAUAUUCCAGAACUAUAGCUUCUAUACUCUAGCCUCUGUUAUAAAGAAAUUCCUUUUGAGUAUACCAGGAGGUGUGUUCUCACCUGAAGGGGAAGAAUCUUUGCUCAAAACACUCACCAUAGGACAUAAAAUGGAGCAGUAUGAUGCUAUUCAUGAUUACAUCACUUCAUGCAGUCCGGCUCAUCAGCAGCUUCUCUCACUGUUGUUUGGUAUAUGGUUUACCAUGGUUCAUAAUUCCCAGCAAAACUACAUGUCAACUGAAGCCUUGUCUAGAAGUGUAGCGGGCAGUAUGUUUCAUACUUGUGCCAUGGAUCCUGCUAAGGUUGAAAAAGCCAGUCGUAUUAUGCAGCUGCUCAUCGACAACUUUGGUGUUGCACGAGUAUUUGGACAACACAACAUCGAGUAUUUUGCCGAGGUUACACAUAUUGAGAUCCAUGUACGAGAGACGUUCAAGUAUCAGUACAGUUACCCGGCAGAAGAUAUUCUACCUCGUCACCGAGUGCUUCAUGCAUUAGUUCUGUUUAUGUUAUCCGAGGGUAAACUGUCGGGAUUUAACCCGUUCACUCAUGCAAUAUCAGAGGAUACGUACGUAGACAGGGCGUUGUCACGGAUACUUUCAUCACGAGAGUCAGACACUGCUCAAGCCUCUGAAAGCAAUGAAGGUGACCAGGCGGAAGAGAAAAAUGGUCGGAGAGAAGAGGAGGAAAGUAAUUUGCUGGUCACGUCAACAGUAUCGGUACCGGAGGUAUCGCUGGUACCAUCACCAGAAGUUAGUAAGAGACCAAAGUCAGUAGAGAACAGUCUAAAUGAAGCUCACAAUCACACACUGCCGAAACCCAGUCUUAGUCGCUACAAUUCCGUCAAACGUAAACAGCUGGAGCGACUACGACAACGUUCAGACUGGUUCCUGGGACCGAGUACCGUCAGCAGCCCUAUCAUAAACAUCAGCAGUCCAGUCAUUCAUAUUGAACCGCCAGUGAGCACACCCACCAUUCAUCAUGAACCAGUCCAGAAAAAAUCUUCAGGGAAUUCUGUUACACGCUCAUCUUCUGAAGGAGCAGUUCUCGAUGCUUUUUCUGAUCACGAUAGCAUUUAUAGUGACCAUUCGAGCCGUAGUGAAUCGCCGGCUUCGGAACCGGUCAGGACCAAUAAUGCAGCAUUGUGUAUUCGGCGGGAUAUAGUUCAUUCGGAUACUUUAGAUAGUUUAACUGGAGAUAUGGAAGAUAGUAAUGGAAAUUGUGUCGGUUUAAGUGAAGAUGAAAUGACAGAAUCAGAAAUAUGUUACUUUAUGAUAGAACAUAAAUAUGGUGAACCUCGGUCCUAGCAAAUAUUGUCCUUGGAAUAUAGGUAUAGAAGAGAAAGUUUGCAAAAAAUUUGGAUCUACAUAAAUGAGAAUAAUGUGAUGGUGAAAUGGAAGAAUUUCAGAGAAGUGAACAAAAAUGAUGAAGAAAGUUUUUAAAAUUCAAAAGAAUAGUUAUGGAAAUGGCGUUUUCAAAGUUGUGUAAAAUUGGAGAAAUUCAUUGUGGAAUAUCUGAUAGCUUUUGAUAUUUUUUAUUUUUAGCAAAAAUAUUUCAAAAUAUUUACAAGCCUGUUUAAGAUCCAGCUGUGAUUCAUCAACAAAGCUGAUGUAAUUUAAAUGCUUUAAAGCAACUGGAUAUUACAAUCUUAAUACAACUUAGGCAUGAGGUUAUUAUUUUGUAUUGUGAGUUCAAUUUUUGUUAAAUAUCAGCUUUUGCCCUUGUAAAGAAUUUAUCUUUGUUCACCACCGAUUAUAUUUCAUGUCUUUAAAUAACUGAUAGAAUUGGUGUUUCUAAGGUUGAUCAGUCUUUGCAAAUACAUUUUUUUGGUAUAGGCAACUAUUUUUCAGGUACCAAUUAUUGUUGGGUUCCUACUACCAUAUUAUGUGACAUGCUUUGUGCUGAUUUUCAUUUGAUUGUUAUUUAUUUGAAAGGUGACAUGUAUGUUACAAUUUGUGCCGUUUUUGUUUGUUUGUUUGCUACAACGUAGUAAUAUAUGUGUAAUUGUACUUUUUGUCUGUUCAUUUUUAUUAUCUAAAAGUACAAGAAAUACUAUCGUGUUUAAUUCCCCACUCAAAAAAUAUACACAUUUUUUUUUGUAUUUAUAUUGAAUAUUUAUAUAUAUUGGAUUAAAUUUCAUUGCGGCUUUCUUACAAAAUUAAACUUAAAAUCAUCAUAAAUUUGCUUAAAUAUUAUAAGCGUACUUCAAUUACUUAAAUGAGCCGUGCCAUGAGAAAACCAACAUAGUGGGUAUGCGACCAGCAAGGAUCCAGACCAGCCUGCGCAUCCGCGCAGUCUGGUCAGGAUCCAUGCUGUUCGCUUUCAAAGCCUAUUACAAUUAGAGAAACCGUUAGCGAACAGCAUGGAUCCUGACCAGACUGCGCGGAUGCGCAGGCUGGUCUGGAUCCUUGCUGGUCGCAUACCCACUAUGUUGGUUUUCUCAUGGCACGGCUCAAAUACUACAGGUAUCAUUAAAUUUUAUAUGAUCAAAACUUCUCCUGUGAAAUUCCUUGUUAAAGACCACUUUUAUUUUGACCAACAUUAUUGUUCAUUUCUUGUGUUCAAUAUUUUUGUUUCAAAUUUGCAUUUAUUAACAGACGUUUUUAUCAACUAUUUCAUAUAUUGUACAGGGUUUCUUUCAUAGAAUUCAAUUUUGUAAUAACAGAGAAGUCAAAAUUUGUAUACAUGUACUUGUGUAGUAAACUUCUAGCUUACUAACAAGCAUCUGUUUCAAUUUUAAGAUAAAUUUAGCAAGAAUCUGGCUUGUAAGUUGAAAUUGUUUCGAAUUCCAGAAUUUUGUUUUGCAAGCUGUGCUUUAUGAAAGUGUAUGUCUGAAUUUAGCUAAAAUUGCCAUGUUCUGAAUCUAACCACUGAAUGUGGAUAUUGCAAAAAAUAAUAAAAUUCCACAUACUGUAAAAUCAUUUAAUUUUCGUGGACAUGAAAUUUCGUGGUUUUUGUCAAAACGGCAAUUUCGUGGGGAUAUAAUUUGUGGAUUUCAACUUUCGAACAUAAAAAUGAAAGGGAAUUUUACUUGUUUGUUUGUGAUUAAAUUACAUGGAUUGACACACCCGCGAAAUCCACGGAAAUUAGUCCUCCACGAAUAUUAAUGAUUUCACAGUAUAUGUACAGGUCUGACAUCUCAUAUUUCGGUUGAAGUAAUUUAUUCAGCGAUUGACAAAGUCAGAGUAGUUGAAAUAGAUCAAAGAGAUUUAGUGUUAAUUUAUUUUGCUGUGUCUUAAAUAUAUCUGCUACUUAACAUUGAAUAUUAAAUAUUGGUAUAAAU